AUGUUUAAUUCAACUGAACCAGAACCCUUUCCAAUCGCUGUCAUUAGUCUAGAAUUAGAAGAUUAGAUUGAAGAAAUUAAGAUAUACGAAGAAGAUGACAUUAAAGAAAUAGUGGAAAUUUUUUGCUAAUAGAAAGGGCUAGAAUAAAAAUAUGUUUAAUACUUGAUUGAUCAAAUAAAUCAAUAAUUAAAAAAAGAACCUUCCCCAAGAUUUGGAGAUAGUUUUGGUUAAAAUUUUAGAACACAAUAACCAUUAUAAACAAAUUAAAGCUAAUAAAGUGAAGUCUGCUACACUACAUAAGCUAGCAGUGUUGAAGAAAAUUCGGCAUAAAAAAGUUAUGAAAAAUGGUAAUAACUCAUGAAUAAAAAGACAGAUCUCAAAUAAUUAUUAAACAUAUCUUAGAAUACUGUUUAAUGGAGUGUUCCUAACACAGCAAGAUGUAAAUAUUUCAAAUUUAUUAUCAUUUUAGCUUUCAACGAAAAUAAAAAAAUCACAGCAAACGAACGCCUAUAUAGAGAAGGAUUAGAUAUUCAAAAAAAUAAAAACGAAAAGGCUGAAAUGAUGAAGAUUUAAAAGUUAUAAUAAGAAUCAAAAUAAGCAACAUUCAAACCUUUGGUAUCGCCUAGAUCUAAAUUAAUUACUCAAUAGAAAAAAAAAGUAAGUAAACCAGAAAAUAAUAUUAAUGAAGAUGUAUUAUAUGCUUAGUAAAAGAAUAAAGAAUUAAAUAAUAAAAAAUUAUAAAAUAGAACUUAAGUUCAAAUACAAAGAAGAAAGGAAUCUCCUUAAUAAACCAAAAAAUAAACCAAUGUUAGUAGAAAUUGUUCUCAAAAUAGAUCAGUUACACCUAUUUAUGAAAAAUUAUUCAAAUAGGCUUAAGAAGAUAAAAAAAAAAAAGAGGAAUUCGCCAAUUAAGAGUUUCAAAAGGUUCAUACUUUCAGGCCUUAAAUUAAUCGUCCAACUACAAGUGUAAAUCCUGAAAAUUAAAAAAAUUUAGUUUAAAAAUUAGUUCAAGAACAUGAGGAAAAAAGACAGAGGAUAGAAAAAAAAAGGUAAGACUUCAAUUUUAUUUUAGACUUUAAAUACUUAUGUAAAAUUAGUAUACUUUUCAUCCAAAAAUUAACAAAGAUUAAACAUUUAUCAAAGUUAGCAAAUAAAGAGAUUAUGAAGACUCAUAACUUGCAGUUGAUUUAUAAAAGAUCUAAUCUCGUUUAGGUAGUAAAAAUUCUUUUAGUUCUUCUGAAACUAGAAUUUAGUCACAAUAAAGUGAGCAAACAUUAUUUGAUAUUUAAAUGGUGAAAAUUUUCAAUUUGUUAGAUGGAGACAAGGAUGGACAGAUAAGCAAAGAUUAUAUUGACUUUCAUAAAGUAGAUAUUGAUACUUUAGAAUUAAUUAAAGACGUUUUGUACUACAUUGAUGAUAAUAAUAUUAUUGCCGACUAGAAUUAAUUUAAAAAAAUAUGUUACUCUUAUGGAUUACAUGCUAAAUUCAAUAAAUCAUGA